AUGGUGAUCAGUGUUUCCUUUUCCCCAUGUGUUCCUUUCAUGGAAGCUAACCUGAAUAGAAGAAUAACUAAGUCUGAUUAUUUCAUUUAUUGUCCCCUCAGAUGCAUGCCGGUGACGACGAAGCAGGACAGGGUGUUCGACAAGGUCUUUCGGGCUAUGAGGAACGACCAGGAUGGUAUCAUCGUCUACCGGGAUGGCACCCUUGACGAAGCCACCUUCGCCGCCGUCUGUAGUGAGCACACCCCCGUCGAGGAUGUCGGGUACCACGUCAUUCCUGGCAGUGUUUGCAGCGAGUUCGGCUACCUUCGGCAUAGCAAGAUCCAUGGUGGCAACUUCGACGAGGAGACCUGCAAGGGCUGCCCAGGCCACAAGGAUGUCGUCCGGCUCAAGGACCUCUCCCCCAGAUCCUGCAGAAACAUGUGGGUCUAG